AUGGAUUCUCAGAUUCCUGAAAACGGAAUAGUUUUACAGUCGUUCAAGCUGAGUAGUGUUCAAUCGAAUUCGAAUUUUUCACCUGUUCCACAACAUGUGAAAAACGAAACUCGUUCCAAGAAAAGGGGUAAAAUCAGGGUCGGUACACCCUUACCCCAGCACACGGCAAACCUGUUGUCGUUCACCAGCUCGUAUUGGCUUACCCCUCUCAUCUACCAGAUUGCCCGUUCCCAGAAGGAAGUCCUGGACGACGACGCUGUGUGGUCAGCCGCCCCAGUCGAUGGUUGCCAAGAAAACGCUAAAAUACUGGGUGAGUUAUGGGAACGAGAGUUGAGGAAGAAGGGGAGGAAGAAGGCCUCCUUAUUCAAGUGUUGUGUACAAUUCGUGGGACCUAUGUUCUGGAGACUCUUGCUCGGAUCUGUCUUCUUUGCUCUCAGCCUAGUUAUCUUAACGCUGAUCCAGAAAAUGAAAGAAGUACUAAACAGCAUUCGUCUGAUAAAAAUGUGGGCGUGGGAAAAGCCAUUUCUGACAGAAAUUAUCGAUGAAAGGAAAAAGGAGACGUCAAAAUCCAAAAAUCAGACAUUUUUGACCAUAUUGGGAGUUUGCCAGAUAUUCCAAACGCCAGCGUUAGCCACGGCGAUAACAUUAACCUUGUACAGUUAUUUCGGCAACACACUGAACACGGAAUUGGACUUUUUACUCAGACCGGAUGUGAAAACAGAAUCCACUGUUGUCAGCGAUGACCAGUUAGCUGUAGAGAUGAAGAAGGCGUGUUUUCAUUGGCCCUCAGAUCUUGAAAACGGUGACCGGAGUAAGGAAAUCUCCAACGCAUAUUCAAAUCCUGUGAUGGACGAAGAAAGUGAUACUGAAAUAGAUUCUGCCUCAAAUGUGUCUAAGCCCAACGGUGUUGUGACUACCAAGCCAAACCUGGGCCGUGAACCUGUCCUCAAAAACAUAUCCUUUGAAGCAAAGAAGGGUAGUCUUAUCGGAAUCUGUGGGCCUGUCGGAAGUGGGAAGUCUGCCCUCGUGUCCGCUCUUCUCGGUCAGAUGACGCAGCUAGAAGGGAGUUUGGCUGUGAACGGAACUAUAGCCAUUUGUCCACAGGAAGCCUGGAUCUUUAACGAUACGCUUAGAGAAAAUAUUCUGUUUGGUUCUCCGUAUAACAAGGACAGGUAUGAGAAAACAUUGGAUUUGACUUCUUUGCGAACCGAUGUGGAGUCUUUUCCUGUAGGAGAUCAAACAGAAAUUGGUGACCGAGGCAUCACGCUAAGCGGUGGUCAGCGUCAGAGGCUGAGUUUGGCCAGAGCCCUGUACAGUGACCGGGACAUUUACCUCCUGGACGACCCUUUCUCCGCCUUGGACGUGACCGUCGGUCAGCAGGUGUUUACCAGGUGUAUCAAACAAGGUCUGAGGGAGAAGACCGUCAUACUGACCACUCACCAACUACAGUAUCUUCAAGACUGUGAUCUAGUGAUUUAUCUAGAAAAUGGAACAGUAUCAGAAAUGGGAACGCAUGCAGAGCUAAUGGAACAGGCCAAGGAGUACUCCCAUAUGAUCAAAUCUUUCUACGAAAAGACAGCAACAAAAGAAGUCCAACCCGGGGAAGAACAGGCCCAGCAGUCAGAAAAGGCGGUUUUACACAUUCUAGAUGCAGAGGCGGGCCGACUGACGGAGAAGGAAUCUAUGGGAGUGGGCAAUGUCACGUGGGCUUGUUACGCAACUUACAUCCGGUCCCUAGGCGGCGCCACUGCCUUCCUCUUCCUCUUAUUCUGUUUUAUGCUAACUGAAGGUAUUGUCUUUGCCUGUGAUUGGUGGCUUUCUGCAUGGCUUCAGCAGGUAGAUUCGGAUGAUGUCAAAUCUGGAAACAGCAGUCUAUUUCAAAUGGACAAUGUGACGGUUUCUCCUGAGACGGAGAUCUCAGAUGUGAUGCGAUCACUGACCGGAGUGUCGACAAUCAGCAUAAGUAUGGACAGAUCAACCUUUGUUCUGGUUUACGGCAUUGGCAUUGCAAUUCUCUUUCUAACCAAUUUUUCAAGAAGCUGGAUUUUGGCUAAGACGACCAUAAACAGUUCUCACGUUCUACACAAGAAGGUCCUGGCAAAGGUCAUGUCCAGCCCGGUGUCGUUUUUUGACAGCACUCCCUCUGGGCGAAUCAUGAACCGAUUCUCUGCUGACAUAGACAUGUUGGACACUCUGAUUCCAAUGGAUCUGGGCGCAUGUCUAAUGGUGUUUUUUCGAAUAAUGAUCGCUGUCGGUGGAAUAGCGGCCAUUUUCCCGCUGCUAUUGGUUUCCCUUGUACCCGCGGUGAUCGCCGUCAUGAUAAUUGGACGCCUCGGAAGGGCCUCAUCUUUCCAAAUGAAAAGAAUGGAUAACGUCACGCGGUCCAAACUAUUAGAUCACGUGACCAGCACGGCCCAAGGUCUAGUAUCGGUUCGCACUUACGAGAAAGAAAACAUGUUUACGAAAAGAUUGAUAAAUUAUCUGGACACAAAUUCGACUAGAUACAUGCUGUGUGAGUGCUGUAUCGAUUGGACAGUCUUACGCGGAAACUUUGUAGGAGUAAUGUUGAGUCUGAUAACCUCCGUGCUCGUUGUCGUCUUCCGGCAGCAGAUUCCCUCUCAGAUGGGAGGACUGGCGCUGUCCUUACUCAUACAGGCCAUGACGCUGAUUGGUCCUUUAAUACAGUUUGCAUGUCAGUUCGAGGCUCGAAUGACUUCAGUAGAGAGACUAGAUGAGUACAUAAAGACGCUUAAAUCCGAAGGGCUUCAGAAAAAGGUAACAACCUCUGUAGCAGCCGACUGGCCGAGAUCUGGUGACGUCACCUUUAAUGAGGUCUGCAUGGCGUACGACACGAAUAAAAAACUGGUGCUGAAAAACGUCUCCUUUAGUGUCAUAUCUGGACAGAGCAUUGGAAUUAUAGGGAGAACUGGAGCUGGCAAGUCCUCCUUAGGGACAGCUCUGUUCCGGUUGGUCGAGUUGUCCUCUGGCAGCAUUCUCAUUGACGGGGUUGACAUCGCCCAGCUCAGUUUACACCAGCUCAGAUCGAGGCUCUCCGUGAUUCCUCAGGAGCCCGUACUGUUUGCUGGGUCUCUCAGGCGGAACCUAGAUCCUAUCAACACAUGUACAGAUGAAGACAUUUGGACGGCCCUGGAGAAAUCACAGCUGAAGGAGAAGGUGUACCAUCUACCUGGACAACUGGAGUACUAUGUGGAGAAUAACGGAGAAAAUUUCUCCGUGGGAGAACGGCAGCUGAUAUGCAUGACAAGAGCUCUCCUCAGGAAUGCUCCGAUUGUGCUGUUGGACGAGGCCACGGCAAGUGUGGACACAGAAACCGAUUCCAAGAUCCAACUAAUGCUGAAAGAGGCCUUCUGGGAUAGGACAGUGCUUAUCAUCGCUCAUCGUCUCAACACAGUGCAGCACUGCCACAAGAUACUCGUCAUGGACGCAGGCACGGUGCAUGAAUUUGACACCCCUCAAAACCUGAUGAAUCAACCCAACUCUCUGUACAGGACCAUGUUGAGUGGGAGCAUUGCCAGAAAAACAGGAAGGGACAUCUGAGAUAGCUGGGAUGGGUCCAUGUUACUCGAUCGUCAACAUUGUCUGUCGACUGGUUGUGUACAACAUGGAUAUACAAUCGUUAUUGGAAAAGCUUGAAUUCGGAACUGGUUUGGGAAACUACGUAAAAUAAUACAUAAGGAAUUAGUAUUGGGUAGCUUUAAAAUCCUGAAUACGGAAGGGUUAUUGGAAAGUAUAUAAAGUAUGCACAGGAAAUCUUAUGGGCGACACUGAAAUUGUGCACACAGAGCUGUUUUUGGAAAACUGUAUCAAAUCCUUGGAUACCAAAAUCUGGUCGGAAAACUGAACAAAUAAUACACGAAUAUAAAAG